AUGCCUGUAGGCACGUCGUCGCUGAUGUCCCGUCACACACUCUUGAGACACGCCACACCUUCAAGCGCCCUUCACCCAUCCAGAGUGGGCAUGGAGACGCGGGCUCCAUUCUGUCCCUCCAACACACUGGCUUUGCCCAGCAAAGGAGCCACGAUAAAGAAGAAGAAGCGAGUCGUGUUUGCAGAUGCUAAGGGACUCGCUCUGACAGCUGUGCGGCUCUUUCCCACGGACCCUCCCGCCUCGGACCCCGACAACCAGCUGUGCGUCCCGGGCCUGAUACCGCGGCUCCGGCUGGGCUUCCCUCAGCCAUCCACACACCUUCCGUCUUUCCUGACAGACCUGGCAGACGUGCUGGUGCGCCUGGAGAGCUGCAAUCUGUCAGGCAGGUCGUUGAGUGGGACGGUGCGUGUGUGCAACAUCAGUGCCAAGAAGGCUGUGCAUAUCCGCAUCACAUUUGACUCAUGGAGAAGGCACUGGGAUGUCCCGUGUGUCCAAACACUGCAGCGGCACAUGGACUCCAAGACAGACGUGUUUGCUUUCACAGUCCCGCUCCCAUCUGAACUCAGCGUACAAGCUCGCAUGGAGUUCUGCGUGUCAUUCCGUCCUGGACUUGGCAACAUAACUCUGUGGGACAACAAUGGAGGACAGAACUACAGGGUUAGCAUGGACCCUGCGAGCCCGAAAGACGUGCCCGUGAUGAGAGAGCCGUGCACCACUCUCAGCACGACGCAAGAACCGAAAGCUCAAACCGUGUAG